AUGUCUCCCAAACAGAGGAAGAAAGCUCCCCGCGAGAAAAAGCAAACCUCUUCGGACUCAUCUACCUUGACAUCCACCGUUAUAGCAACCACCAAUUACCGCGAAAUCCACCUGAAUGAGGUGGAAGCUCUCCGUUCUAUCUAUGGAGAUGAUUUUGAAGAUGUUGAAAACCGCCGGUCGGCAUGGCAUCAAUCUUCCGACGUAGGGUUCAAGCUCCACCUUCGCGCAUCCUCCAACCCAGAUGUCUGCCUUGUUCUCCUUGUUGAGCUGCCUGCGACCUAUCCAAAAACCAUACCCAACCUCUCUUUGAAAAAUCUCGACGAAUUUCGCGAUGGGGCCCGUUCUCGCAUCCAGGAAAUUGCUCGGAAAAAGCCGUCUUCGCUCCUUGGAAGCGAGAUGAUUUAUGAACUGGCUGUAUCGAUCCAGGAUGUCCUCGAGGAUGUUGCACAAGCUCGUGAACAGGAUAAAGAUCUCCCCAGUCUCGAGGAAGAGCGAAUGGAACAGGAAGCUGCUGCCAUUCAGCGGGCAGAACUUGAAAAGCAAGAAGAAAUGCGAAAACAGGAAGCCGCCAGUGCGGCUGAGGAACGCGCUCUCCAGGCAAUGCUUCAAGACAAGAUGCGACAGCGAACUAGAGCUCGCGUAUUACGACGCAAGAGCCGGACUGGUGGAUUGGAUUCGAAUGAUGUGGAUGACCUAGUGGAGAACACCCCAGGUGCCAUUUCUUUUGACCCACCCGUGGCAAUAAAUGACAACGAUGGUCAGCCACUGGUAUUCCGUGCUAUACAUGGAAAGACUAUUUUACGGUCUUAUCAAACUAAAAAGACAUUCACUGUGCGGCCUGUUGUUUCAGAGCGUCGGUGCCACGUCCCCCAGUUGGUCCUAAAGGAGAUUUUCCUAGAAGAGAAGGCAUCUGAUGUACUAGCAUUUCGACAACAGAUGCGAAGCAGUGAGGAUAAAUUGGAGAGUUUGAAGAGACUUCGGCAUCCCAAUUUGAUUGAUUUUGUAGGAUUCAAGAUCAUUCGUCCCAUUAAUGACUUUAAUUCCACUGAAAACUCGUGGACUGUGUUUGCUCUACUAGAAUAUGCCAAUAAGGGCUCGCUGUUGGAACUUCUAGAUAUGGUGGGCACUGUUGCAGUUGAGACACUCCGUGGCUGGAUGAUCCAGCUUCUUGAAGCCCUCGAAUUCUACCACCGGAGCGGAUUUGUUCAUGGAAAUAUCCAUUGUGGCCGAGUCAUGAUUUGCAGAACCUUGUCUGGUAGCACAAUAGUCAAGCUGCAAUCUAGUGUGGAAGACACACUUCCAAAUUCUAUUUCUAAGCGCUCUUUGACUACAUCCAAGUCACCGCUAUGGCUGCCCCCGGAGUUGACACAGGAAGGUACACUACCGAAUAUGAAGACCGAUGUCUGGGACUUGGGUAUCGUUCUACUUCAAAUGGCCUUUGGGAAAGAUGCUUUGCUGAGAUAUACCUCGGCCAAUCAGCUAAUGGCUUCUUUGGGUCUAUCUCCGCCUUUACAAGAUCUAUUACGGGAAUUCUUUCGACCGGAUCCCAGGAAGCGCCCAACUGCGUUUCAACUGCUGCCAUCUGAGUUUUUCCGAGUCGAUGCGCCAUUGACUCUUCGUGAUAGCGCCUCUAACUCUGUAUCAUUGCAAAGGAGGCCUCGACUUGACUCGUUUGGCGCCAUCCCAGCCUUGUCAAGGUAUCACCAAGAUUUUGAUGAGGCGGGUCACCUUGGACGCGGUGGUUUUGGCCAAGUUGUAAAAGCUAGAAAUAAGCUGGAUGGACGUUUCUAUGCCGUUAAAAAGAUCUCCCAGUCCUCAGCAGCGGCUUUGAAGGACACAUUAUCCGAAAUCAUGCUACUGUCAAGACUGAAUCAUCCUUAUGUCGUUCGAUACUACACUGCCUGGUUGGAGGAAGACUUCAAUCAUAUUGAAGAGGAGGCCAUCUCAUCUACCGAAGGUGAUCCAUUUGCCAGCCAUGGCCAUCAUGGAUUCAGCACUGGCGGUCUUGACUUCAUAAGUUCAAGUGGAUAUCCGAAAAUUGAAUUUGCUGCCUCGGAUAGCGACGAUGAGAAUGACGGAACCAUGUUUGCCGACGAUCAUCAAGACUCUCCUGGGACCUUUGAAGGCAGUAGCAAGAAUAGUCCCGAGCUGAGCUAUGCGAGGUCCAGAGGCUCUUACGGCCGUCCAGUCUUGACAACUCUUUACAUUCAGAUGGAAUAUUGUGAAAAGCAUACCCUCCGAGAUUUGAUCAAGAAUGGUCUCUAUGAUGAUGUUGAUCGGUCCUGGCGCCUAUUUCGACAGAUUCUGGAUGGAUUGAGCCAUAUCCACAGCCAUGGCAUUAUUCAUCGAGAUCUAAAGCCUGAUAACAUAUUCAUUGAUGUCGCCAAUAAUCCUCGAAUUGGUGAUUUUGGGCUAGCAACCAGUGGGCAGUUUAUGACAGCGGUCCGCUCGUCUGCAGCCGCUGACUUUGAAGGCAACUUUACACGUAGCCUGGGGACAACUUACUACGUGGCACCAGAGAUGAAGUCGGGGUUCUCCGGUCAUUACAAUGAGAAAGUUGAUAUGUUCUCUCUCGGUGUUAUAUUCUUUGAAAUGUGCCACCCUCUCACCACGGGUAUGGAACGUGAUCAAACACUUAGAGAAAUCCGGGAACCAAGUCAUCUACUUCCGCCAACUUUCCAACAAUCCGAAAAGACCGUCCAAGGCCAAAUCAUUGAAUCGCUUCUCAGCCAUUCGCCUGGCGAACGGCCCACGGCUGCAGAACUACUUUCCAGUGGUAGAAUUCCUCUACAGGUAGAAGAAGAGACAUUCCGACGAGCCAUUGUGCACUUGCUCUCUGACCCAAACUCCCCGGACUACAAGAAGAUUCUCUCGGCAAUAUUUUCCCAGUCCCCGAAGAAAUUCGAGGACAUUGCCUGGGACAUGGAUUCUCAUGCAACACCCGCAGCAAAUGAGUUGCUCGUUCAGGGUCUCGUCAAAGAGAAAUUGACAUCUAUUUUCCGACGCCAUGGCGCAGUCGAAUCAGCAAGACAGAUGUUAUUUCCACGAUCCCAACAUUAUUCCAACGGCGCUGUCCGCUUGCUUGAUGCCUCGGGCAAUCUCUUGCAGUUGCCAUUUGAUCUCACCGUCCCCAAUGCGCGUGCGAUCCCUCGGCAGGAUAGUUCUCUGGAAAGGACUUUUGCCUUCGGCACUGUCUACAGAGAAUCAACCCACGGCAGUGAACCUAGAACCCAUCGCGAAGUUGACUUUGACAUCGUUUCAUACAAUACCCUGGAUCUAGCGCUCAAAGAAGCGGAAGUUAUCAAAGUACUAGACGAAAUCAUUGAAGAAUUUCCUCCCCUCCGCUCUGCGUCCAUGUGCUUCCUCAUCAACCAUUCUGAUCUCCUGCAACUCAUCAUGGAAUUCUGCCGCAUCACCCCAUCACAAACUCCAUUGGUGAAGGAAGUUGUCAGCAAACUGAAUGUUGGGAAAUGGACAAUGCAGAAGAUUAGAAGUGAACUCCGAUCUCCUGCAAUUGGGGUUGCCUCAACCUCGUUGGACGAUCUUGCUCGUUUUGAUUUCAGAGACUCUCCGAAAGAGACCCAGCGCAGACUGCAAGUUAUCAUGGAAGGCACCGAAUAUGCCGAACGAGUGCCUGCCAUCAUUGCUCGCUUGAAUUUAGUGAUAAGCUACUUACAAAGCUUCGGGUUAAAACGAAAGGUUUACAUUAACCCCCUGAGCAGCUUGCAUGAUAAAUUCUACAGAGGUAGUAUUUUAUUUCAAUGCGUUUUUGACAGAAAACGCCGUGACGUCUUUGCCGCAGGUGGUCGAUACGAUCGUUUGAUCCAAGACUUCUCGCCAAAGGUCCUGUCAAACAGGCCACAGGCUCAUGCUGUCGGCUUCAAUCUCGGUUCAGACAGACUUGCAUCUGCUAUGACCGAGUACCUGCAGACAAAAGCACCACCAAAGGAGACCGAUACUGGCGGUGAACUUUACUGGACAGCUCGCAGAUGCGAUGUUCUCGUCGCUAGCUUUGACGCCACAGUACUCCGCACAAUCGGUGUGAAAAUAAUCGAAGACCUCUGGACAAACGGCCUCAGCGCCGAACUUGCUGUGGACGCCUCAUCCAUCGAAGAGCUACAAACCAAAUACAGAGAGCACAACCACCGCUGGAUUGUAAUCGCCAAACAAGACAGCAAAGAACGAGGCUUCAAGGUCCGCAAUCUCGUCCGCCGCGAAGAGUUCGACAUCCGCAGCGCAGAACUAGUUCCCUGGCUCCGAUCAGAAGUGCAAGCUCGUCAAUACCGCGAGGGAAUGGUUGACCCACGUCAAGUCCGACAAUCCGGACCACAGGAUGCACUACAGCCAAACGAAAAAGCGAAUGACGUCCGUAUCCUUGUCCCACAGCAUCGGAACAAGAAAACCAACCGGAGAAAUAUUGUCGAGUCGGCUUUGGUUCGUUCUCGUGAAAUCGCCGAGAAUGCUCGGAAUGCUCCUGUCGUUGCGAUUGAAACGCGCGAUGAUGUUCUUGACGCUAUUCGCGAUACUAGGCUCUCUGAUCCUGAGAGCUGGAGGGCAGCUAUUCAGAAUGCGCCUUUGACUGAGCGGAAGUAUAUCAGUCAGGUGUAUGAGAUGGUCAGCGACUUAGCAUCCGAGGCUCGAUCGAGCGAGACCCCAGAGAGCUAUACUAAUGCGUUUAUCUACAAUUACCGGACGGGUUCUUGUGUGUAUUAUGAUCUUGGCCGCAACUACAGGUGA